AUGGAAUUCCGGCAGACAACAAGCUUCGAGAUGAUGCUACUUGCUCAAAACCUCCUUAUAGACCGGGAGGCGUUAUACCAGUCUCGAUGUCUCGAGCUUGAAGAGGAAUGGUCGAGUCUCCCAGGCGUGCAAGCCUCAGGCACCCUGCCGUUUCCUUUGCAGUUUUCUGCGGAUGAGGCUGAUGCAAUUAACGAAGAUGCGUCCGGUGCACUCAGGGCAAUGGAAUUGAUGCAGGACUCGAGACAGUUGUUAGGCGAACUGUGGCCUGAUAAAGGUGUUGUACGGCCAGAGCAAUAUGAUGACGCGAAAAGGCUUCUGACACAAGCGAAGACGGAGUUGAUAGAUCAGCUCGCACAUUCUGAAGCAGAGAGAAUCGCAUGGGAAGAGUCAUGGCCAUUUGAUGAUUGA